AUGGAUUACAACCAACUCAGUGGACCAUUGCCUGAUUUUACAAGAUUUUCUUCCUUAAAAGCAUUAUCUGUUGCCUUUAAUCAAUUGAGUGGGUCCAUCCCAGAAACUUUUGGACGACAUCCCAAUCUUGCUUCUCUUAUGUUGUAUGGAAACCAGAUUUCAGGGUCACUACCUAACCUUUCAACGGUUCCAUCAUUGACGCAUUUAGAUCUUGAAGACAAUCAAUUGAAUGGGACCAUGCAUGUAAAUAUUGGACAACUUUCUAAGCUUGAGUAUUUCGAUGUCUCUUUCAAUUCAUUAAAAGGCAUAAUCUCUGAUACUCACUUCUCUAAUCUCUCCAGUCUGAAGUUUUUGUCAUUAUCUUCAAACCCGUUAACUUUUAACUUCAGUUCUGAUUGGGUUCCUCCUUUCCAACUUGAUAUUAUAAUGUUGUCAUCUUGUAAGUUGGGGCCUCAUUUCCCAAAAUGGCUUCAAACACAAAAUAACUUCUCCCAGCUUGAUAUCUCAAGUAAUGGAAUUUCAGAUGUUGUUCCUAGUUGGUUCUGGGAUCUAUCCCCAGGUUUAAUUUAUUUAAAUCUCUCUUGCAAUCUGAUCAAAGGCUUGUUGCCUGAUCUAUCAGUGAAGUAUCAUGGUUACCUUGGUAUAGAUUUAAGUUCAAAUCAUUUUAUGGGUCCAAUACCACUAGUUCCUCCCAAUGUAACAGUUUUGAAUCUCUCCAAAAAUGAGUUCUCAGGUUCACUUUCUUUCCUAUGCGCAAUUAUGGGUAUGGGGCUCAUCUAUCUUGACCUCUCAAAUAACUUGCUAUCAGGAGAGCUUCCCAAUUGUUGGGUGCAAUUCACAAGACUAUCCAUAAUUAGUUUGGCAUACAAUAAUUUGUAUGGGAAAAUUCCGAGCUCAAUGGGUUCCCUAGGCAUUUAUUCUUUGCACUUGAGCAACAACAAUUUCUCUGGGGAAGUUUCUUCUUCAUUAAACAGAUGCACAAAGUUAAGAAUGAUUGAUCUGGGAGGAAAUAAAUUCACAGGAAAAAUACCAGCGUGGAUAGGGACACACCUAACAAGUUUGAUUGUUCUUAGUCUGCGAUCCAAUGAGUUCAAGGGAAGCAUACCUCGACAUAUAUGUCACCUUACCAAAAUUCAAAUUUUGGACUUCUCCAAAAAUCGUUUAUCAGGAAACAUACCACACUGUUUUCACAAUUUUACUGCCUUGGCGGAAAGUAAGAGUUCUAGGGCAAUCAGUUUUCCUUCUUAUGGGACAUUUGAACCCUUCUUUGUUAGAUUUUCCAGUUAUAUUGAGAAUGCAUUGGUGUUGUGGAAAGGACAAGAGUCAAAAUACGGAAAUAAUUUGAGACUACUAAACCUCAUUGAUCUUUCUGGCAAUGAACUUGUUGGGAAAAUUCCUAUACAAGUUGGGGGUCUUGCGGGGUUGGUUUCUUUGAACCUAUCAAGAAACAAUUUGACAGGAAAUAUCAUCCAAGAAGUUGGUUGGAUGAAAAUGUUGGAAUCUCUUGACUUGUCUGCAAAUGAGCUUUUGGGCGCGAUUCCUACCAGCCUCGCUGAUCUAAAUUUUCUCAAUGUGUUGAAUUUGUCACAUAACAGGUUGUCGAGAAGAAUCCCAAUAAGCACUCAAUUGCAAAGCUUUGAUCCCUAUGUAUACUCAGGAAACCUUGAACUUUAUGGACUUCCACUUCCAAAUAAGUGUCCAGGAGAAGAAAUAGUUGUGGAACCUCCAGUUCUUGUUCGUGGCUGA